UCUAAAACCUCGAUUUCGAGAAAUUGCCUGUUUCAAUUAAAACGGGACACUAUACAUGUUACAUAGUUUUAUAUGUAUAAAUAUAUGUUCGCAAUUUUCAGAUUGUACCCAGAACACCAAAUUUUGCACAAUUGUUCUCAGUCCAUGUACGUUACAUGGAUAAGGGUAUUGCAGUAUUAUUCAUUCUGUGUGAAGCAAGAACACAAUUAGUUUACGAAUCUAUAUGGAAAGAAGUUAUCAAAUUAGCUCCAGACCUGCAAUCUAAUUUGCGCUUCAUAAUGUGUGAUUACGAAAAAGCGUCGAUGAAUGCUGUUCACAAACAAUUUCCCCAAGCAUCUUUGCGAGGCUGCUGGUUUUACUAUUGUCAAGCUGUUCUGAAAAAGUGGAAGCGAUUGGAACUUCUUACUGCACCAUAUAAAAUAGUAUCUAUGGCAAUGACAUUAGCAUUAGCACCACCUGAAAUGUUUUCUGAAGGCUUAAAUCUCAUGCAGACAAUUGCGGAUAAAGAAUAUAAUAAUUAUCCUAACAUAUUGCACUUUAUGAGAUAUAUGAGAAGUACAUGGCUCCCAAUAUCUAAAAAAAUAAGUGUGUAUGGAUGUCCAAUUAGGACUAAUAAUCUUGUGGAAUCAUUUCAUAGUAUUAUGUUGAAAAAAAUUCAUAUGAUUCAUCCGAAUCUUUGGGUCUUUUUAG